UGUUUCUAAUGGCGAAUUUGGCUCGCAGAAAAAAUGCGCACUGAAUAUAUAUUCCCGAGCCUUGAGCCAACGAAAAAGCUAGAAAUCUGCAUCGAGUGUGCAUUUUUUCUGUAAAUCGAAUUCGCCAUAAAAUAACGCACAUACAAGAUGCUGAAACAAGCGUUGAUUGAAGCCAUUAAAUCUCACCCUCACGGGAGUUUAUUGUCACAUUUUCAGCCUUGUGAUUCCCGGGCUGGUAGCGCCAUCUAUCAUGCCGCCUAUGUUUGGAUGGGGUAGCACACAAACAAAGCCUUAAAAAAUACGUGUGUAAAGUGUCAGUUGAACGGGGUUGGAAUUUGUGCAUUUUAUUUAUUAAAAAGGAAAAAAUCCCAACAAUCAGUGAAUGAUAUUGGCUCCAAACCCUCUGACCAGGAUUGAAUGCGAAGGCACGUGAAUUACAUAUGACUAAAAAAUUUUUGGGAAGAUGUACGAUGGAAUAAUCUUACCGAAGCUUCCCGCUAAUGAGGCUUGAGUCAUUGUUAAAAUACACAUCAAAGUGCAAAACAGAAACCGUGCGAAAUCAUAAUCAUGGAGCAAGACACAGAAGCUGUCUCAGCGACUGACGACUCGAUUGCUCCUAGUUCUACGGAAGUUCAACCAGCAGCUGAGGCACAUGUAAUGGAUGAAAAUGCCGAAACACACGAAAAAGAUGGUCUUACAGGCUUAGAAACAACUCUAGCAGUGGUUGAUGAUAAAAACGAAAACCCUGUACCCCCUAAAAGCUGUGAGACAAAUCUAGAAGAUACUCCUAAAUCUGAUGCAGAUACCGCGUCUGUUCCUAAGCUGGUUGACUCAAUAGAAGACAAUAGAGUGAUUAAGUCAUCUACUGUAACUGACCUAGCGUUCCACAAGAAUGUUGAAUCUAACGAAAAUUCCCUUAGCUUAAAUCCUCUUGACUCGGACUGGAAAGAUACAGAUGUAUCUAUGACAAGUGUGAGUGAAAAUCCAACCUCUGAGGCAGAAGAAUCUACUAUAGUUUGCAAAUCUCCAAAUUUAGAAAAACCAUCAAAGCCAGAGAAGAGAAACUUGGACACAGUAGAGGAGAGUUCAAAACUACAGUCUCCUGAAAAAUCAGAUAAUCCUGACGUAGAAAAUGCUUUAGAUACUUUUGCUGACGACACAGCGAUGGAUGAAAAACCUGACUCCAAAAAGUGUAUGGACAAUAUAGAGGAUAGUUCAAAACCUCCAUCCCCGCAAAAAUCUGACCAUUCUGAUGUAGAAAAGGUUUUAGAUACUUGUGCUGAUGAUCCAGAGAUGGAAAAAGAACCUAAUUCUGAAAAGUGUGUAGAGGUAGAUAUAACAAAACAAAAGGUAUCUGAGCCUGAUGAAUCACUUUGGAAUUUGAAAGUUGGCGGGGGUGUCGAGGCUGAGAAAAAACCUGAAGCUAGUGAAAGUGCUGUGGAAUAUGAUACAAAAAAAUUUGACUCGUUAAAUUCAGAAUCUAGUCUCGAUGGCCAGGAGAAAGAUGCACUGGUAGAAAAGAAUGUGUCUGUCAUAGAGCCUGAGAAUACAGAGUUUGUGCAAAUAUCGCAAGAGGAUAAGCACGACGAGUCUCACAUAGAAAAUCAGUCCAUAGAUAAUGCGGAAGAUCCAUUCGGCGGUGACAAUGAGAACUCGGAACAUCCAGACGACGAUCAUAUGGUGGCUGAUAAUCUUGAUGGGGAAAUUGCUGACCUUCAGAAGCUUGGAGACCAGGCUGAUAACCUCCAGGAUGUAGUUAAAGCUAAGGACAACUUUCAGCCAGACAAAUCUAAAGAUGAUUUGAGCAAUGAAAUGCUGAGUAAAGCUGACAGUGGUGACUCUGUGGCAGAUGUUAUUUCCGAUAAAACUGUUGACGAAAUUGUAAAAGUGCAGAAGUUAGUUACGACUCCUUCGAUUGAGAAUGAGGAUAAAUCGGAGGAGAACAACAAAGAGGCUGUUGAAGAACGAGAUACUGGAGAAGCAGCUGAAAGAAAAGAAAGCCCCGGAGAUGAUGAGAUCCAAAAAGAUGGUAAAGAAGGAGAGAAACUUUUGGCUAAGGCGAGCCUUCCACCUUUAGGGGCCGAAGACAUAUCAUCUGAUGUUCUUCCUGGGCAGGAUGAUGAACUAUGUAUUAUUCCUGAUAGUAUGAAGGUUAUUUUGCCUGGAGGAACAGCAGAGAAGACUAGCGAAGGCGUAGAGAGUCAGAAAAAGCCGGAGGAAGAAUCGGUAGAGAACAAUGCGGUAGAUUCGGAAAAAAUUAUGGAUGACGAUCAAAGUCUGACUAUUGUGAAAAAACCGGUUGUAACCAAGGCGAUAUCUGGACAGUUGGUUCCAAAGAAGGGAAGAAUUGUGACCGUUAAGUCGAAGGGUGGCACACCUUCUUCUGCUGAUGUUAUAAACCUAGAUGACGAUCCACAAAAUUCAGAGUCUGAGGGAAGUAAGCAGAAAGAGAAGUGUAAACAAUGCAAUAAAGAGCAGUCGUGCAAAAUAAAGGUGAAGAUAGGCACAGAGUGCUUCAAUGUUUGCUCAAAGGAAUGUAGGAAUUCAUUUAAGGCAGCUAAUAACAAAGCAACCGAUAUUCCGAGCGAUGGAGUUAACUCAAAACGGGAAAAGAGAUGCGCAGGGUGUCUCUUGAUCGUCGAUGCGAAUGACGAGAAAAAUCUUUCCUGGGAGACAAUGGAAUUCUGCAAUGAGGAAUGCCUGGGCAAAUUCCAAACCAAAUACGGAAGCUAUUGUAGGAAUUGCAAUGGCUCCGUCCAGGCGGUCAGCCUAGGAAAGUACUGUGUACGCUUUGGGUAUGACGUCAGGCAGUUCUGCUGCUCAACAUGCUUAGAGGAAUUCAAAAAAGGAUUAAAGGUAUGCAGCUACUGUCAGAAGGAUAUCAGUUCUGGUACAGAAGGAUUUUUAGCUCCUGUGGGGGAUAAAGGACAGUUUAAAGACUUCUGUACUCAGGAUUGCAUGGAAAAAUAUUCCAGAAUGAGCUCCAGUGAACCUCCAGCAUCAGUGAAAAAGUCUUGCAGUGUUUGCCAACUGGAAAAAAUUGUCCACUGCGAAGUACAAAUUGAUGGAGGGACUCCAGCAGCCAUAUGCAGUGAUCCUUGUUUUGCAGCAUUUAAAUUUGUGAACAAGGUUGACCCAGAUCAAUGUUCGACGUGUAAAAAAUUCUUCCAGUUGUUGAGUAAAAAGAAUUUUGUUGUCUUCUAUGAAGGAGAGGCGCACAUGUUCUGUAACAAGACAUGCCUCAACGUUUUCAUAAUAACUAACAGAAAAAUUGUACCGUGCAAUUGGUGCAAAGUUAAGAAGUACAAUUUCGAUAUGAUAAAGAAGGAACUUAAAUCUGGACAAGUAAUGAUGAUGUGCAGUUUGAAUUGUCUCACCCUUUAUCAAGUUUCCAUUAACGCUGUAUCCGCAAGGAGAAUAAACUGUGACUUUUGUAAAGAGUUUUCACAAGCUCAAUACCAUCUCACGAUGUCAGACGCAACAAUACGAAAUUUCUGCUCCUACAAAUGCGUGAUGAACUUUCAAAGCCAGUACACGAAAUCUCCGAUCACCAUUCCAUCCAGUGACGAUCCGGUACCAACUGGAAAUCCUAAAAGAUCAAUCGCCCAGCAGCGAUCGGUUGUACAACCUAGUCAAAAGCAGCCACCUGACCUCCAGACCAAAAGCUUGCCAAUUAUUUCCUCUGUUACAAGUCUUGCCUCAAUUGCAAACGGGCAAACUUGCAGCCCGACUACACAGCAGAACCAGACCAACAAUAUAGGCACAAAUGUCUCUGUCCAGAGUCAGCCACCUCAAGUCCUUUACACGCAACAAAUCAUAAGUAGACCUGCUAGUCCAACAAAGGUCCACAACAAAGUAACCCAAUGCAAGCCGCUGAUGCACACAAAGGGCGUUUCUGUCCGACCUCACCCCUGCACAAAGUCAACGCAAACCGAUGACACACCACAGAUUUUGAUACCAAUCCCUGUUCCUAUUUACGUUCCGUUUCCGAUGCACAUGUACAGCAUGCCAUUUCCCGUACCUUUUCCAUUUCCUCUACCCAUUCCAGUUCCAAUAUUUAUUCCCACUACUAGAAAUAGCGCCAAAGGCAUAUUCAAGGAGAUAAAGAGAAUACAGGAGAAGAUACCCGCAGAUCCGUUUGAGGCAGAGCUACUGAUGAUGGCGGAAAUGGUUGCAACUGAGAAAAAACGCAACGAGAGUGAUUCAGAUUCCGAGGACGAUAACAGAGACGACGUAGCCGAUGUACCUGCCAACUCGACUAGCGAUGGUUUCAGUCCUGACGGUGUAGAUUCGAGCCAUGCUUUUGGAGAUGACAUGCUUCAAAUGGCAUUAAAAAUGGCUACUGGAGAGCUGGACGAGCCUGCAGUUGAUCUUGAAGCUGCGUUGACCCCAAAUACAAUAACUGCUACACAGGCUCCUCCCCAGCAAGAUUCUACAAUAGACGGAGAUGUUCAACCUGAGAGACUGAUAACUUCAACUCGCGGCCGGAAACGCAUGGUUCCCUAUAAACCACGCUCUACGCCAAGUAAACGUGGUAGAAGAGUGUCUGGGACAAACGAUAUACCCCUAAUGCCUCCUCCGGAGCCGCAGCUGCCCCCGCAACCGAGAAUCAUGGAACCCAUAGAAAAACCAGAUGCCAACAUGGCUCUAAAAUAUACUUUUGGAGUCAAUGCUUGGAGGCAAUGGGUGGUAGGCAAGAACGCUGAAUUAGAGAAGCAAAGUACGCCUGCAAGGAGAGUGAAAUUAUUUAAAACUGAUCUAUUACAAUUGACGGCUGAUGAGUUAAAUUACUCGUUAUGUUUGUUUGUAAAAGAAGUGAGAAAACCGAACGGCGCGGAAUACGCACCUGAUACUAUAUACUAUUUAUGCCUAGGUAUACAACAAUAUCUAUUUGAAAAUAAUCGAAUAGACAACAUAUUUACCGAUUCUUACUACGAAAAGUUCACAGAAUGCUUGAACGACGUUGCUAAGAAAUUCUCUGUGUUAUACAAUGACGCUCAAUACAUUGUAACUAGAGUCGAGGAGGAACAUCUAUGGGAAAGUAAACAGUUGGGAGCUCAUUCCCCUCACGUACUACUUAGCACACUAAUGUUCUUUAAUACGAAGCACUUCAAUCUGGUGACCGUAGAUGAGCACAUGCAGCUAUCGUUUUCACACAUAAUGAAACACUGGAAGCGGAAUCCUGCUGCUCAGCCUGCGGCAGUUGCCGGAAAAGCUCCCGGCUCGCGUAACGUCUUGUUACGUUUUUAUCCCCCACAAUCUGCCUUGGAAGCGAAUUCAAGGAAGAAAAAGGUUUACGAGCAACAAGAAAACGAAGAAAAUCCAUUAAGAUGUCCUGUCAAACUUUACGAGUUCUACUUAUCAAAAUGCCCAGAGAGCGUAAAAACCCGGAACGACGUGUUUUACUUGCUGCCAGAGAGAAGCUGCGUACCAGACAGUCCAGUGUGGUAUUCAACGUCUGCUCUAGCAAAGGAGCACUUAAUCAAGAUGCUUUACCGGGUAAAGAUGGUAAAAGAAAUCAACGUGGCUUUGUUGACCAGUUAACUCUUCCAAUUAAACAUAUUUUAUUUUUAUUAAAAAGCCAAUAAAAUAAUAUUUGUUUUCCAUCGAUAUUAGUUCGAACUAGCUGCUGAAGACUUUUUGCAUGUAGGAUUUGUGUUUGUCCUCAUCCACAUCUUAACAAUUGAUAAGAGCAGUACGCCUAGGGAUGCCGAUUGAAAGAUGUUAUUCAAGAUUAUUAGAACCCAAAAACGAGAUUCUUAAUGUGUAAAUUGUCGGAUGCUAAAAUUUUUGAAAGACAACAAAUAGAUUUGGAAAAAAUUACGUUGCAUCAAAUUUUACUCGAUAAAAAAAUGGUUUCACAGAUAUUAAAAAUUUCGAAAAUUGUACAAUGAUCGUAGCGAAAUUUUUUGACAAAAUGACGCUAGAUUCAUAAAAUUUUGUACAAAAUAGAGUCAUUAGUAAAUAAUUUGAAGUAUAUCAAAUUUAUCAUCAGUUGGGUGCGAUUAGAUAGAAAAAAAAAGAAAUGGAAAUGAGAGGUCGUUUGUGACAAAACAUGACGUGCAGAUAUGUAUUUAUUGUUAUGAAUUUUCACAUCACUGUUGUUGUCCGCAUUGUUCAGACCAGACAUGCCAAGGAUGACUUUGCAUAAUGCCUGUUGUAGUUUACUAUUCGUACAACUUAUUUACCCAUUCACUAUUAUUCACCAUCAUUUUUUACCGUUUAUGGUUUUAAGUCAAACUUAGUCU